UCCUCCGAUUAGGACCUGAACCGGGUGUGAGCGCGUGCGUUAAGUUUUCAGUGUUUUCCCAAAGAAUUUUGGAAAAGGAUUUUGUUUAAAAAAAAGCGGUCUAAUUGGAGAUUGUCCCGCGAUUCAAAGAAUUAUAAAAAAUAUGUGGAAGUCCGUGGUGUGUUUGGCCCUUUUGGGCGCCCUCGGUGCCGUCAGUGGAACGUCGAAGCUGCAGGAACGGUACAGCUGGCGUCAGAUGGACUUUGUGUUCCCGAACCAGCAGCUGAAGCAACAGGCCCUGGCCAGUGGGGACUACGUUCCGACCAACGGUCUUCCGGUCGGAAUCGAACGAUGGGAGAAUAAGCUCUUUGUGUCGGUGCCAAGAUGGAAGGAUGGCAUCCCAUCUACCCUGAACUACAUCGACAUGAACCAGACGCCCUCAGGAUCGCCACCGCUGAUCCCGUACCCAAGCUGGGCAACCAACGUGGCCGGAGACUGCGAGAACGGUCUAUCCACCGUGUACCGCAUCAAGGCUGACAAGUGCGGCCGUCUGUGGGUCCUGGAUACCGGUACCGUCGGUAUUGGCAACACCACCCAGCAGCUGUGCCCGUACGCUUUGAACAUCUUCGACCUGAAGACGAACACCCGCAUCCGGCGCUACGAACUGCGUGCGGACGACACCAACCAGAACACCUUCAUUGCCAACAUUGCCAUCGAUAUGGGCCGCAGCUGCGAGGACACCUUCGCGUACAUGUCCGAUGAGCUGGGCUACGGUUUGAUUGCGUACUCCUUCGAAAAGAACAAGUCCUGGCGAUUCGAGCACAGCUUCUUCUUCCCAGACCCUCUGCGCGGUGAUUUCAACGUUGCCGGCCUGAACUUCCAAUGGGGUGAGGAAGGUAUCUUCGGAAUGUCACUGUCCCCGAUGCAAGCCGAUGGUUUCCGUACCAUGUACUUCUCACCGCUGGCCAGCCACCGUGAAUUCAUGGUUUCCACUCAGGUCCUGCGCGACGAAGAAGGCGCCGAAGAGAGCUUCCACAAGUUCCAAUAUCUGAAGGAACGAGGACCCAACGCCCACACCACCUCCCGUGUGAUGAGCGAAACCGGCCUGCAGCUGUUCAACCUGAUCGAUCAGAACGCCGUCGGUUGCUGGCACUCGUCGCUCCCAUACAGCCCCGAAUACCACGGAAUCGUCGAUCGCGACGAUGUUGAACUGGUCUUCCCCGCUGACGUCAAGAUCGAUGCAGAGGAGAACGUGUGGGUCAUCUCCGACCGUAUGCCAGUGUUCCUGAUCGCCGAGCUGGACUACAGCGAUAUCAACUUCCGCAUUUUCACCGCUCCUCUGAGCACCCUGGUCGCCGGAACCGUGUGUGACGUCCAGCCAUCGGUCCGGCCAGGUGCCAUUCGGCCCAAAUUUGGAGGUACCGAACUCAGUACCUACCCGGGCUCUACCCUACUCCCAACUGGGUACACACAGCCUGCCAGCUACACACCUACCUCGUACGCCCCCACCGUUGCCCCAGUGACCAAGUACACCUCCAUCCCUUCGUAUGACCACCCGAGUUCUCACGUGUACACGACCCAGCAAUAUCCGACGACCGCCAAGGCGUACCACUUCAACAAGUACCACGGCGUUGAAUACCAGUCGCACGGAAAUGGCCACGGGGACUACCACCACCACCAGCACGGGGGCCACUACCACGAUCAGGAUCAUGAUCACGAGCACGGACCCUACGGUGGCCACCGGUACUGGGGUGCAGCCGACAAAAAACCGGAAGCCUGGAAGCAACAGUUCUACUAAUCCGUCCACUGCGGUGCAGGCAGCUUUUGUUUAGGGAAAUUUAGGUAAAUUAUUUGUCAGUGUAAAUCAGUACUCCUGUGUAUGUGUGUAAGCAGAUCGAUCGAACGAAUGUACACAAGUCGAAUAAAUUAAGAUUUUUGUUAUGAAA